AUGUCCAAUUCCGAUCAUAACAACAGUAACCGCCUGGCUCAGUCACCGCCGGAGCCCAAGCCAGUGCCGCCUUCUUCCUGGGCCAAGAAAACAGGUUUCAGGCCAAAAUUCUCCGGCGAGACCAUUGCCACCGAUUCAGGCCCGGAAACCACCCCUCUGCCCAAUGUUGAUCUAGAAUCCGGUCGCGUUCAAACUCCGGCAACCGCUAACGGCGUCGCACAUGGCGAUAAGCCCCCCGUUCCGGUCCCACCGCCGCCUGCCGUCGCGAAAAAUCGGAGAGAUUCCGACGGCGUGUCGAAGAAUUCGGUUCCCAGCGCCAACGGACAGGCGGCGGAACCGCCGCCGCCGAGGAGAACGGCGAGGUUCGUGCCGGUGGAGGACGACGGGUUUGUGUCGCGGCACUCGCAUAUGAAGUACGAGCUCCGAGAUUCACCUGGUUUAGUUCCUAUUGGCGUGUACGGUGUUCAGCACUACGUUUCGAUAUUAGGUUCGUUGGUUCUGAUUCCGCUUGUGAUUGUUCCUGCCAUGGGAGGCACUCAUGAGGAAACUUCUAUGGUGGUAUCGACAGUGCUCUUUGUCUCGGGGGUGACUACUCUGUUGCAUAUUGCUUUUGGCUCCAGGUUACCCUUGAUUCAGGGCCCUUCUUUUGUUUAUCUGGCGCCGGCCCUCGCGAUAAUCAAUUCCCCGGAUUAUGAAUUGCGACUGUUGAUGCUGGGUCAAGAUCGGAUGAUUCACAUUUUUACUUACAAGAUAAAAUACGUGUUGUCUGAUUUUCGUUCAACAAACUACAGGGAAUCUGACUCCAAGAAGAUAUUGAUUGUUGUCUGGAUGUUGAAAUUCAAGCAUAUAAUGAAGGAGCUCCAGGGGGCUAUAAUCAUUGGUUCAGCCUUUCAAGCUUUACUUGGAUAUACUGGACUUAUGUCGCUGUUAGUAAGGUUGAUCAAUCCUGUAGUUGUAGCCCCAACUAUUGCUGCAGUUGGACUUUCAUUCUACAGUUAUGGUUUCCCAUUAGUUGGUACAUGUAUUGAGAUUGGUGCAGUUCAAAUAUUAGUGGUUAUUGUUUUUUCUCUUUAUCUUCGAAAGAUAUCUGUUGUUGGGCAUCGCAUAUUUCUAAUAUAUGCAGUUCCUCUGGGUCUGGCAAUUACAUGGGCGUUUGCUUUCUUGCUGACUGAAACUGGAGCUUACAGCUACAAAGGAUGUGAUAUAAAUAUACCUGCCUCAGAUAUGGUUUCAGAGCACUGCAGAAAGCAUUUUUCAAGGAUGAGGCAUUGUCGGGUUGAUACAUCCCAAGCAUUGUUAUCCUCUCCAUGGUUUAGGUUUCCUUAUCCAUUACAAUGGGGUACUCCUGUCUUCCAUUGGAAAAUGGCUGUUGUUAUGUGUGUGGUUUCCUUAAUCUCAUCCGUGGAUUCAGUUGGCUCAUACCAUGCAUCUUCAUUAUUGGUAGCAUCCAGACCACCGACUCCAGGAGUUCUUAGUCGAGGAAUUGGUUUGGAGGGUCUUUCCAGUGUCUUGGCUGGUCUCUGGGGAACUGGAACUGGAUCUGUAACUUUAACUGAAAAUGUUCACACAAUUGCUGUUACUAAAAUGGGAAGCCGCAGAGCAGUUCAACUGGGUGCAUGCUUUCUGAUAGUGUUGUCUCUUGUGGGUAAGGUUGGAGGAUUCAUUGCUUCGAUACCUGAAGUUAUGGUUGCUGGUCUACUCUGCUUUAUGUGGGCAAUGCUCACUGCAUUGGGCUUGUCAAAUCUACGCUAUAGUGAAGCUGGAAGCUCUCGCAAUAUCAUCAUAGUUGGGCUAUCAUUGUUUUUCUCUCUUUCAAUACCUGCUUACUUUCAACAAUAUGGCAUCUCUCCGAAUUCCAACUUGUCGGUGCCAAGUUACUUUCAGCCAUACAUUGUGGCUUCUCACGGGCCUUUCCACAGCAAAUAUGGAGGGCUGAACUAUCUCUUGAACACGCUUCUUUCGCUACACAUGGUGAUAGCAUUUCUUGUCGCUGUUAUUCUGGAUAAUACCGUACCUGGCAGUAAGCUGGAACGUGGGGUAUAUGUGUGGUCCGAAGCCGAGGUUGCUAGAAGAGAGCCUGCUGUUGCUAAUGACUAUGAGUUGCCUUUGAGAAUUGGUCGGAUUUUCGGAUGGGUGAAGUGGGUUGGCCUGUAA